GAGCUCAGAAUGAGAUGGCCACCCACCCUGGCUACUAUGCUGAGCUGGUGGAGCAGGCCAUGGGCCGCUGUACCCUGGCCACGGAGGAAAUCGAGAGGGACCUGCACCGCUCCAUGCCUGAGCACCAUGCCUUCCAGAAUGAGAUGGGCAUCGCUGCCCUCCGCAGGGUCCUCACCGCCUACGCCUGCCGCAACCCUGGCAUAGGAUACUGCCAGGUAUGCCAACUUGUUUUGUUUUUCUGGGGGGGUUUUAUACAGCAUUGUUUAAAACUAUGCAGGUGGUCAACAGACAAUCAGAAAAAUCUCCAGUUUUUGUAGUGUGAAGCAGCUUGAUGUACAAGUACACCCCCUGAACACGACGCUAGUCUAUCGCAGGGCCACAUUAUCAACACUGACAAUGUCUUACUUACACUACAUUACAAAAGUAUGUGGACACCUGCUCGUCGAACAUCUCAUUCCAAAAUCAUGGGCAUUAAUAUGGAGUUGGUCCCCCCUUUGCUGCUAUAACAGCCUCCACUCUUCUGGGAAGGUUUAUACUAGAUGUUGGAACAUUGCUGCAGGGACUUGCUUCCAUUCAGCCAUAGGAGCAUGAGUGAGGUCGGGCAUUGAUGUUGGGUGAUUAGGCCUGGCUCGCAGACGGCGUUCCAAUUCAUCCUAAAGUUGUUCGAUGGGGUUGAUGUCAGGGCUCUGUGCAGGCCAGUUAAGUUCUUCAACACCGAUCUCGACAAACCAUUUCUGUAUGGACCUCUCUUUGUGCACGGGGGCAUUGUCAUGCUGAAACAGGAAAGGUCCUUCCCCAAACUGUUCCCACAAAGUUGGAAGCACAGAAUCGUCUAGAAUGUCAUUGUAUGCUGGAACUAAGGGGCCUAGCCCGAACCAUGAAAAACAGCCCCAGUCCAUUAUUCCUCAUCCACCAAACCUUACAGUUGGCGCUAUGCAUUCGGGCAGGUAGCGUUCUUCUGGCAUCCACCAAACCCAGAUUCGUCUAUCCGACUGCCAAAUUGUGAAGCAUGAUUCAUCACUCCAGAGAACAUGUUUCCACUGCUCCAGAGUCCAAGGCGGCGAGCUUUACACCACUCCAGCCGAUGCUUGGCAUUGCGCAUGGUGAUCUUAGGCUUGUGUGUGGCUGCUCGACCAUGGAAACCCAUUUCAUGAAGCUCCCGGUGAACAGUUAUUGUGCUGACGUUGCUACCAGAGGCAGUUUGGAACUCGGCAGUGAGUGUUGCAACUGAGGACAGACGCUUUUUAUGCGCUUCAGCACUCGGCGGUCCCGUUCUGUGAGCUUGUGUGGCCUACCACUUCACGACUGAGCCGUUGUUGCUCCUAGACGUUUUCACUUCAUAAUAACAGCACUUACAGUUGACCGGGGCAGCUCUAGCAGGGUAGAAAUUUGACCAACUGACUUUUUGGAAAGGUGGCAUCCUAUGACAGUGCCACGUUCAAAGUCACUGAGCCCUUUAGUAAGGCCAUUCUACUGCCAGUGUUUGUCUAUGGAGAUUGCAUGGCGGUGUGCUCGAUUUUAUACACCUUUCAGCAACGGGUGUGGCUGAAAUAGCCGAAUCCACUAAUUUGAAGGGGGGUCCACAUACGUUUGUAUAUACUGUGUAGUUUAUCUGACUGAUAUAGAAAUGUGUGACUUAUCUGACUGACUUAGAAAUUCCUUAAAAUGCCUCCCGAGUGGCGCUAAGGCACUGCAUCACCUCAGACCCGGGUUCGACCCCAGGCUGUGUCGCAGCCAGCCGUGACCAGGAGAGCCAUGAGUCGGCGCACAAUUGGCCCAGCGUUGUCCGUGUUAGGGGAGGGUUUGGCCAGCCGGGAUGUCCUUGUCCCAUCGUGCUCUAGCGACUCCUGUGGCAGGCUGGGCACAUGCACGCUGACUUCGGUCGCCAGUUGUACGGUGUUUCCUCCGACACAUUGGUGCGGCUGGCUUCUGGGUUAAGCGAGCAGUGUGUAAAGAAGCAGUGCGGCUUGGCAGGGUCGUGUUUUGGAGGACGAAUGGCUCUCAACCUUCGCCUCUCCCAAUGGGACAAGACUGUAACUACCAAUUGGAUUUCACGAAAUUGGGGAGAAGAAGGGGUAACAAGUACAAAAAUCCUUGGAAAUAGAAUGUCUUAAUCAUUUGGCUUUUGCUUCACUGUAAUUAACGAUUUGGUUCCAGAUAGUGGCCAAUUGAUUUGAAUUCUUUGAAGUAGUAGAAUGGGCCCAUAGCUAUAAUUAGCAAAUACCAGGAAAAUGCUAUUUAAAAUAAAGCGUGACUGUUUUCUUGAAACGUAAUCAUGAUAUUGUAACUAGGUUAUUUGACUGGAAAUGGUUCUGUCAGGGUGACUACUCUAUUCUGGUGGUUUAUUCUUUACUGUAAAGGUUAUCUGUCUGUUUCUGUUGUGAUAAACCUCUGUGUUAUCACUAAACCGUUCUCUCUCUCCAGGCGAUGAACAUUGUGACGUCGGUACUGCUGCUGUACUGUACGGAGGAGGAGGCCUUCUGGCUUUUGGUGGCUCUGUGUGAGAGGAUGCUGCCUGACUACUACAACACCAGGGUGGUGGGUGAGUGACUGACACAACCUCUCAUAGACACACACUUGUGUUUAAUUCCAUUGGGUUAUGUCUUUGUUUUGUUGCUCACUACAUGCUUAGGAAAGAAUUAUCUGUUAAGAUUCCUCCAAAUCCCCUCAUUUUGGAGUGUUUGAUAGGGUAGACAAGCCCGUUCUUCGUUCACUGCCCUUCAAAUGGCCGUCACUCAAAUUACGUUUAUAGUAGUCACACAGUGACCGCGUCCCAAUAACCAUACUUGUGCUCUAAAUUAGUAAGCUAUUUGGGUAUGGAAAAAUAGAACAUUCUAUAGUAUGUGAAAUUUAGAAAAUGUAGAAUGCUUUAAAUGCCAGGAUGUCAUACUCAUUUUGGCUUUUCAUCUAGUAGAAUUCCCUGCACACUAUUGAGGAAGAGAAUUGUCUUUCCACACGUGUGUUUGACAAUAGUUUAUCAUCUGAAUAGGGGAUGCGCUCUACAAAAUUGAACGAAUGGCGGGGAACAAGCACAAUUGCACAUCUAAGAUGACGCCUUCUCAGCAAUGUUGCCUCUAAAUUGUGUGCGGCUCCCCUCGGACUGCCGCGCUGAAUAAAUAUCAGCCCACGCAGAGACGCACGAGGUUGAACUUCACUCAACUUUCUAGAGUUUUCCCCCUUAGUUAACACGAUCAACGUUUCCCUUUACUGUGGGAAUUGUGAUCGAAUCAACGCAAUAUUAGCCACUUUCAAUGCAACAUACCGAAACAAAACAAACUAUGCAGGACUUGAUAUGCAAAACUAACUAUGCAAGAGAUUUUGUUGUAGGCAGAACGCAUCGAAGUAGGAUUCUAUUGCAUUGACACACACUACUCAGCCCGUACUCUACACAGACCGGUGCGGCAUAAACAAUCAGAGCUGCAGUAGGCCUAUAUGCAAAUAGACCAUUGCCAUAUAUGGAUCUGUGCCAUUAACUUUGAACUGGACUGUGUUUACAGCAUGAGCGGUCGUGAGUAGAUGCGCUUGUUUUGAGAUCAAAGCGAGAGCUGCAUAUAACCACGUGUGCACAUUUUGUUCAUAUCCUUUGCUAGUUGGUGAUUUAAUAGCCCAGUUACAGAUCAUUUGUAGUCAGCAAUGGGGGAGUGAUUGCUUCCAACAAGAGGACAAAACGUGUACAUUUCUAGACAUCUUUGAAAAGCAAGUGUUAGGCCGUGUUGUGUUUUGAGACCGGCUUGAAUAAGCUAAGUAGGCAGAGGGUAGCAUAAUUUGUCUGAUUCUCUGUAAUAAUGGAAUGGGAAUAAUAAUGCAUUGUAUUUUGUAAAGUGGUUUCUUGCAACAAACAACACAACAAAAUUUUCUGUCACCUCCUUGUCUGAAGGACAAGUGUAUAACAGGUUAAUGUCAAGCCCUGCAUGUGUUUUUCAAAAGUCUCAUGGAAUGUAGGCCUACAUUGAACACUACACAUUGGCUGCCACUGUAGGCUGAAUGAUAGAACAGCUAUUUCCAUGUUGAAAUGUUAGGGAAUGCAUUUUCUCCAUUGGCCUACAUUAUGAUCAAAUAGCCACAGUAGCCUACUUGACCACUGUCUGAAACUGUAACUUAAAGCGGGUACAGCCUCAGUGUUCACAGUAAACGUGCGCUGAAAGUUGCACAGAAUUUUCACAAAGUUACAUUUUGCGCUCAGCAGACCUGAAAUUUGCUCAGUGCUGAAAAAAAUGUGAGGGAACAUUGCUUCUCAGUAUGGAUGAGUAGUAUGUUGAUAUUUGUUGCUUAUUGCAUACCUUAUUACUAAACAGUACGUUCUAAAUAGUACGAUUAGUACAAGGUAUGUCGUUUUAGUAAGUAUAGUAGGCAAGCCAGAUUUCAGACAUGGCCACUCAGUCGUUUUGGAGCGAGUAGAGGAAGCGAAAAUUGGAUAUAAUUUACCCUGUGUCUCUCUCUCUCGCUCUCCCUUUCUCUCUCCCAGGUGCUCUCGUUGACCAGGGCGUGUUCGAGGAGCUGACUCGCGAGUGCCUCCCCUUCCUCUACGAGCACAUGCAGGAGCUGGGAGUCAUCUCCACCAUCUCCCUCUCCUGGUUCCUCACCCUGUUCCUUAGCGUCAUGCCCUUCGACAGCGCCGUGCUUCUGGUCGACUGCUUCUUCUACGAGGGCAUCAAGGUCAUCUUCCAGGUAGCACUGGCCGUGCUGCACGCCAACAUGGACACCCUGCUGGGCUGCACUGACGAGGGAGAGGCCAUGACCAUCCUUGGACGGUGAGUGGGGGAUGGAAUCGACGGAGGGAAUGGAAGGAAGGCAGGGAGGGACCAUAGUUGUGGUCAUCUGCUGGGCUGCACUGAUGAGGGAGAGGCCAUGACCUUCCUUGGACGGUGAGUGGGGGAAGGGAAAGGAAGGGAUGGAAGGAAGGAACAAUUUCUCAAGUGUUUCUUACCUAAUUCACUUGACUGAACUGACUCCCAUGUAAUUGACACCAACACACAUUACGCAGCCAAAUGUUUAAUUGGAAUGGUAACUAUAGUGUAACUAUACAGAAAGGUUUUUUAUUUAUGAAUGAUGGCAUUACUACUCUAGACUGAUGAAGCUAUAGCCACAUUGCCCUGGAGUGCAAAAUAUUGAAAUCUCUCUCUCUCACUCACUCACAGGUAUCUGGACAAUGUUGUCAACAAGCAGACUGUGUCUCCGCCCAUUCCCCACCUCCACGCCCUGUUGACCAGUGGCGAUGAGCCACCGCCUCAGAUUGACGUGUUCCAGCUCAUCAAGUCAUCCUGUGACGUAAGACAUAACUAGUAGAGCCACAUUACCUUUCACUGAAAAUUCAUUCCAUUCUUAGUUCUGUCACACAACUCACUGGUUAAGUCAAUCGCAUAGAACAAGGAGAGAUUGAUGUAGAUUCUGCAUAUUAGUGACUUCACUGCCUUUUCCCUCUGUCUGUCCGUGUCCCUGAGCAGAAGUUUGGUAGUCUGCGUGCUGAUGUCAUCGAGCAGAUGAGGUUCAAGCAGAGGUUAAAGGUUAUCCAAUCGCUGGAGGACACCGCCAAGAGGAGCGUGGUGAGUUCAUAUGUCAAAGAAGCAGUGGUGUAAAGUAACUAGCUAAAAAACUUUGAAAUAUAUAGUACUUAAGUAGUUUUUGUGGGUGUCUGUACUUUACUUCACUGUUUAUAUAUUUUACUUUUACUCCACUACAUUCCUAAUGAAAAUAUGUACUUUUUACUCCAUACAUUUUCUAUGACACCCAAAAGUAUUUGUUACAUUUUGAUUGCUUAGCAGGACAAGGAAAUUGUCAAAUUCACGCACAUAUCAAUAUAUCAUACGUUGUCAUCCCUACUGCCUCUGAUCUGGCGGACUAACUAAACACAAAUACUGCGUUUGCAAAUUAUGUCUGAGUGUUGGAGUGUGCUCCUGGCUGUCCGUGUGACAAUUCAGUACUUUUUCCACCACUGUACUUAAGUACAUUUAAAAACAGAUACUUUUAGACAUGUUACUGAAGUAGUAUUUUACUGGGUGACUUUCACUUUUACUUGAAUCAUUUUCUAUUAAGGUAUCUUUACUUUUACUCAAGAAUGACAAUUUAGUACUUUUUCCACUACUGCAAAGAAGUGACCAUGAAUGAAGCACUUGGUGACCUCGCCUCUGACAGUUCCCUAUGAAAUGACCCACUGUAAACAAGCAAAACAGAGCAGCCAAUUUAACAGAAGUUUUUAUUGAUUAGUAUUCAGGAUAAUGUGUAUCCAAGUCUGUACUGUGUUGUUGUCAACAAAUUGCAUAUUCACUGGACAUCUUCAUAUGUCCAUAAUUAUCACUUAGCAAUGGCUAUGGAGGAGAAAGUAGUGCGCUUGGAACGGUCAGACAGAAACCGCAUUGGCCCAACUCUCUAUACACUUGAGUGUACAAAACUGACCAUGUGAAUCCAGGUGAAAGCUAAAUUCCCUUAUUGAUGUCACUUGUUAAAUCCACUUCAAUCAGUGUAAAUGAAGGGGAGGAGACAGGUUAAAGAAGGAUUUUUAAGCCUUGAGACAAUUGAGACAUUGUAUGUGUGCCAUUGAGGGUGAAUGGGCAAGACAAAAGAUUGAAGUGCCUUUGAACGGGGUAUGGUAGUAGGUGCCAGAUGCACCAGUUUGAGUGUGUCAAGAACAGCAACGCUGCUGGGCUUUUCACGCUCAAUAGUUUCCCGUGUGUAUGAAGAAUGGUCUACCACCCAAAGGACAUCCAGCCAACUUGACAUAACUGUGGGAAGCAUUGGAGUCAACAUGGGCCAGCAUCCCUGUGGAAUGCUUUUGACAACUUGGAGAGUCCAUGUACCGACAAAUUGAGGCUGUUCUGAGGGCAAAAGGGGGUGCAACUCAAUAUUAGGAAGGUGUUCCUAAUGUUUGGUAUGCUCUGUGUAUAUGACUCAGGAUUAGGUUAUACAUUCCAACCUUUAAGGGAUACUUCAAGAUCUUGGCAAUGAGGCCAAAAUGCUAGCAGAUACCCAUAGACUUCCAGUCAUUGGGCUAAUGCUAGGUAGCAUUGGCUCUCGAAACUAGCACUAACUUCCUUCAUACUGGACACAGAGACAUAAAAAUGGUAUCCAUGAGUUCAUCUGACUCUGGGGAAGUAGAUAAGGGGCCUCAUUGCCAAAAACCUGAAGUAUCCCUUUAAUAAUGAUCAAUUGUGGAUAUCAGAUGUAAUAGGUUAUGUUAAGGUUGGAACAAAAACAUGUCCAUGCCUAAGUCAUACAGUGCCUACCUAAUAUGCUGUAGCCAGAGGUCUUUCUCUGUCUGAUGUAGAGCUGUGUGUCUGUCCACAGGUGAGAGCUAUCAUGACAGACUCAGCCUUCAGUAUUGAGGAGCUAGAGGAACUCUAUGUUCUCUUUAAGGUAAGAAAUCAUUGUUAUUACCGCACCUACGGCUUUUUACCCGACACUGGUUUGGAACAUUUAGUUUUCUCUGUUAGCAAUGUUGUUCUAUACUCGGGCGUGUCAACUUAGUGUGGUGGGUGGUAAUGACAACAAGUCACACAGCUGUCACACGUUAGGUGUUAUGUAACCAUUAUCAAUAGACUGAGAACAAAACAAGUUGUGAGUCAUGCCCCAAACAAGUGUAAGACAACACAUUUCACUGCACCUAUCCGGUAUAGGUGACAAAACAUUUUUUUAAAAUUAAACUGAAAGCCUGCAACAAAAGCCAUCAUUGUCAAGCCAUUGUCAAUAGCUCAAGUCCCUCAACUGUCAAGCACCAUUGCACUAUCGAUUCAAUGUUUCAAUCAGCCAGUACCACCUCUGACCUGCAUCCCACUUCCCUUCCCCAUGGCAGGCCAAGCACAUCAUGAGCUGCUACUGGGGGGCCAGCAGCACGGCGGCGGAGCGCCACGACCCCAGCCUGCCCUACCUGGAGCAGUACCGCAUUGACCUGGGACAGUUCUGCCAGCUGUUCGGGGCCCUGGGCACCUGGCUGUGUGGCACGCACACCGCCACGCUGGCCGCACGCCUCUUCCACCUGCUGGACAUGAACAAGGAUGGCCUCAUCAACUUCAAGGAGUUUGUCACAGGCCUGAGUGAGUUUGGAGAUUUGAAGUAAAGAAUCGCAACUUGCUGUUUGAAAAAUGAACUGAUUUCUAUAUAAAACAUUGAUGUUUCGGCUGUCGGGGGGAGGGGUGGGGGUUGUGCAGCUGGUGUUUUGAGGUAGUUUCGAGACCAAUUAUGUGCAGGUUUGUAGCAGGAUAAAUCCCACUGUUUAAUUGACUGGUUGAUUAUAAGAUUGUAGUCAGCAUGGAUCCAACUGACCCACCACGUGUCUCCCAUCAGGUGGGAUGUACCACGGAGACAUGACAGAGAAACUGAAGUUACUGUACAAACUUCACCUGCCUCCAGGUAAGCAGGGAAAAGCACAACUCUGCCGGUCCAAUAACAGUCGGAUCAACUCAUUGUAGACAUGGAUAUUCACACUCCCAUUCUCACUAAUUGGCUUCACACACUUUUUCCCUCAAACAGAGUUGUAGUGAAUCAGCACACAGUCCUGUGACCCUGUGCUUUGGGUGGUGUGUUUUUAAAGGGACAGACACCAUGUGUGUGCAUGACAGAAUAAUUACGUUAGUGUCUGUGGGUGUUUUACAAUAGUGUUUCAGAAAGGGAACAAUUUAGCAGUUUUGGAGAAAAGAUGUGUACGUGCGUACUUGUGUAUGUGUUAUGAUAAUACAUUCUGGGGCUAACAUGCUUCUUGUUUCUCUUACAGCAUUGUGUCCAGAGGAGGCGGAGUCUGCACUGGAAGCGGCACAGUUCUUCACUGACGAUGACACUCCACAGGGUACACACACACAUUGCUGUUUACAUAAACAUAACAUAUUCCCUCAUAGGAGGGAACACACACACUUGUGAACCAUCUUUCAUGCUGUAGUUUGCUCACAAUUUACAUGCAAUAUUUUACAUGUUGGUUAGAUUUCUUUGCUUGAGGCAAUGAGUGGUUCUUACAUUCCUGCUCCCUUGCAUGCGUCUGUGCAUGGAAAACGGAUUCCUACUACUGACUUAACUAAACAGAAUAUGUAUUCUCAUCUUCCUAUCGUUUGAUGCCCUCCCUCCCUGCCUCCCUCUUUCUCCUCCCACCCUCUCUUUCCUCCCUCUCUCCUCUCCUCUCCUCCCUCCCUUCUCACUUGUCUUAAUCUCUCUAUCUUGCUCUUUAUCUAUCGCUCUCUUUAAUUCUUCCUCUCAUGUCUGUCCUCUCUCCCCAUCUGGUUCCAAUUUCUUCUCACCGCUCCAGAACCUACCUUCCUGUCUGAUCUGGACUUCCUGGUGCAGGAAGUGACCUCAGGUUUGUCUCUCUGUAAAUCUCUGUGUCACAAAGACACUUUUGAUCAACAAAAUGGUGGCCACACUGUCUUCAGGGGGAAUAGUCAAUAUCAUGUUUGAAUAAUCUGAAAACUUGUGAAACAAUGAUUAGUUGUAGUUCAUAGAGGACAUAUCUCUAACCUGUUAAUAACCUCCCCAUGUGGUAUAGCACAUUCAAUGACAGCACAGCAUCAUACCAGCAGAUUACAGAACUAGCCUCCUAGCAUCUGGGGGCUAGUUGAGUCACAUUUUCUGUGAAGUGGAUGUCUCACAAACUAGCACAAACAUCAAACUAACUGUAAUCAUUUUACACUGGAAAGACCCCCCACCUCCCAACCCCUGUCUAGGUAACCCACUUUCCUACUUGUCACAGUAGUGUGUACACUGGUGUGGAUGGUCUGAUUAGUGACUUUGUGGACAUGAUGAUGGUGGUGGUUGUCUCUGUCUGCAGGAGAGGAGGUGAAAGAGGCUGGGGACGCGUCGGGAAGCAGAGAUGCAGAGGAGAAGAUAGGUGUGCCUCACUCCCCUGCCUAUAUUAAUGACCUUUCUACAGUAUUGGUCUUCUUCCUUGUCCUGCCCUCUGCAAGAUUCAAGCGGUAUUGCUAUACAUACAGUGCCUUCAGAAAGCAUUCAUACCCCUUGACUUAUUCUACAUUUUGUUGUGUUACAGCCUGAAUUCAAAAUGGAUUACAUUUGUUUUUUUGUUUUUCUCACCCAUCUACACACAAUACCCCAUAAUGACAAAGUAAAAACAUGUUUUUAUAAAUAUUUGCAAAUUUAUUGAAAAUUAAAUACAGAAAUAUCUAAUUUACAUAGUUAUUCACACCCCUUUGCUAUGACACUCCAAAUUGAGCUCAGGUGCAUCCAAUUUAAUUUGAUAAUCCUUGAGAUGUCACUACAACGUGAUUGGAGUCCACCUGUGGCCCAUUCAAUUGUUUGGACAUGAUUUAGAAAGAAACACACCUGUCUAUAUAAGGUCCCACAGUUGACAGUUCAUGUCAGAGCAGAAACUAUACCAGGAAGUCUAAGGAACUGUCCAUAGAUCUCUGACAAUUGUGAUGAGGCAUAUGUCUGGGGAAGAGUAUAAAACUAUUGAAAGUGUUGAAAGUUUCCAAGAGCAUAGUGAACUCCAUCAUUGGGAAAUUGAAAAAAUAUGGAAUUACCCAGACUACCUAGCGCUGGCCAUCCAACCAAACUGAGCAACCAGGCAAGAAGGACCUUGGUCAGGGAGGUGACCAAGAACACAGUGACCACUCUGACAAAACUACAGAGUUACUUGGCUGAGAUGGGAGAACCUGUCAGAAUGACAAGUCUCUACAGCACUUCACCAAUCUGGGCUUUAUGGGAGAGUGGCCAGACGGAAGCCACUCCUGAGAAAAAGGCACAUGACAGCACACCUGGAGUUUGCAAAAAGGCAUGUGAAAGACUCUGAGAGCAUAAGGAAAACGAUUGUGGUCUGAUGGAAACUGGUAAGGAUAGAGGGAACAAUGAAUGGAGCCAAAUACAGGAAAAUCCUUGAUGAGAACCUGCUUCAGAGUGCAAACAACCUUAGACUGGGGCGAAGAUUUACGUUCCAAGAGGAAAAUGACCCCAAGCAUACAGCCAAAGCAAUGCUGGAAUGGCUUCAGAACAAAAAUUUGAAAGCCAUUGAGUGGCCCAGCCAAAGCCCAGACUUGAAUCCCAUUGAAAAUCUGUGGAAAGACUUGAAGAUUGCUGUUCACUGCCACUCCCCAUCUAACUUAACAGAGCUUGAGAAUAUCUGAGAGGAAGAAUGGGAAAAAUCCAGAUGUGCAAAGCUGAUACAGACAUACCCAAGACGACUCAAAGCUGUAAUCAAAGUAUUGAGUCGGGUGCGAAUACUUGUGAAUUAUAUAUUUCUGUAUUUCAUUUUCAAUACAAUUGCGAUCAUCUUUAAAGACAUGUUUUCACUUUGUCAUUAUGGAUUAUUGUGUGUAGAUUGGUGAGAAAAAACAUAUAUAUUUAAUCCAUUUUAAAUUCAGGCUGUAACACAACAAAAUAUGGAAUAAGUCAAGAGGUAUGAAUAAUUUCUGAAGGCACUGUAUCCAGUGUAAUAUUGUGAUGUCUGUUUCAGAGGUGAAGGACUAUAAGUACUACCUGCGGAUGUGGGCCAUGGAGAAUGAGCCCAAGAAGGAGACUAUUAAAGACCUUCGCAGGAUGAACCAGGUACAUACUACAUUACUGAGAGUUGACUACUCAUACACACUUAGAGAAGCCAUUUCUGACUGAUCCCCUGUUUGUGUCCUCUACAGGAACAGUUCAUAGAGCUGUGUAAGACCCUGUACAACAUGUUCAGCGAGGACCCACUGGAGCAGGAGCUCUACCACGCCAUCGCCACUGUGGCCAGCCUGCUGCUGCGCAUUGGAGAGGUGGGCAAGAAGUUCACCAACAACGGUGCCAAGAAACAAACCGACACCACCAAUGCCCAGGCUCCCGCCCCUGCCGCUGAACUUUCCCAACCCGAAAAAGAGGGGCCGAACGGGGAGAGCAGCUCAGGCCAGUCCCUGGUCUGCAGGGCCUUGGCGGAGGCCCAGCUAGAAACGCCGCCUCAGCAGUCGUCGGAUGAAGAAGUGAAGGAUGACACGUCGGUCUCGUCCUACUCCAUGGUGAGCACAGGUUCGCUGCAGUGCGAGGACAUCGCCGACGACACGGUCCUGAUUGGCUGCUCCGGUGACCAGCAGCGGCGAGGCAGCAUACUGGACGGCGAUUGGUCCAUCACCUUCGAGCAGGUGCUGGCGUCGAUGCUCACCGAGCCGCCCCUGGUGGACUACUUUGAGAAGAAGGGAGACAUUCAGGCAAGAAUGGCCGCCUGUAAGAUGCAAAGGGGGGUGGAGAGGCAGGUGAGCUCGUCAAGCGACCACGAAUUGGCCCAGCUCUCGACC